AUUUGAUUUCGCAUGAGCCACCACAACUUGGACGAGAGCAGCUUCCACGGCCUGAGCGACGACGGCAGCGUCGGACGCAAGCGUGGCGCGCACUGGGAUCAUUACGCGGACGACUUCUCGGACCCUAAGCGCAAGAGAUGCAAGUGCAACUACUGCGGGCAUGUCUUCUACGCCGACGCUCAACGCAUGCGCAACCACACCGACACGUGCCGCGACGCUCCUGCGGGUGUCAAGUCUCCAUCUUCGUCGAAUGGUUCAGCGAACGUCGUGACCUCGUUUACUUCGAGUGAUCGUAUCAUUCCAGUGCAGCGUCUGAUGGCGCCAACCCUCACGGACGCAACUCCUGUCCACGCGAAGCCACAGCGACGCCCCGAUGCGACUCCAGGGACACAGCUCAAGCGCAUCCUUGUGACUGGCGGCGCAGGCUUCCUCGGCCUCCACUUGUGCAAGCGGCUGCUGGACAUGGGCCACGACGUGAUUUGCCUCGACAACCUCUUCACGAGCCAGCGCAUCUCGUUGCGGGACCUCCAGCGCUACGAAAACUUUGAGUUUGUGCGUCACGACGUGACCGAGCCGUACUAUUGCGAAGUGGACGAGAUCUUCAACUUGGCGUGUCCUGCGUCCCCCGUGCAUUAUCAGUACAACCCGAUUAAAACCACCAAGGUAUCGUUCCUCGGGGCGCUGCACAUGCUCGGUCUCGCCAAGCGUUUGAACGCCAAGGUGUUGCAAGCGUCCACGUCUGAAGUGUACGGCGAUCCAGAAGUGUCUCCGCAACACGAAGAGUACUUUGGCCACGUCAACUGCCGGGGGGUUCGGUCGUGCUAUGACGAAGGCAAGCGCGUGGCUGAGACACUGUUCUUUGACUACGAGCGCAUGCACAACACACAGAUCCGUGUGGCGCGCAUCUUCAACACGUACGGCCCGGGCAUGCAUCCGCACGACGGACGUGUAGUGAGCAACUUCAUCUUGCAAGCGCUGGCGAAUGAGCCCAUCACGAUAUACGGCGACGGCAGCCAGACGCGCAGCUUUUGCUUUGUGGACGACCUCGUCGACGGCCUCAUCAAGUUUAUGGACAACCCGUCGGGGCACUCGGGGCCCAUGAACUUGGGCAACCCAUUUGAAAUCACCAUCCUCGCGCUCGCUACGACCAUUAUCCGCAUGACCAAGUCAGCGUCCACGCUCGUGUUCCUCGACCUCCCCGGCGACGACCCCAAGCUGCGCCGCCCCGACAUUACCCUCGCCAAAUCCGUGCUCAACUGGACGCCGGUCGUGCAGUUAGAAGCGGGACUCCAGCGCACGAUCGACUACUUCAAGCACUUGGAUCUGUCCCGGUAUGUCAAGCCCACGACGCACACGGCGCAUCGAAGCACGGACGCCAUGAAGGCCAAGAAGAACUGCCACGUGGAAGUGUAAUAUCGUUAAGGUAGUGGAGGAAGGUAGUGAGUAGUGGGGAAUAUAACUUGUACAGCUACAAAGUCGUGUACAAAUGUAUACCAACCAUGGCAACAGCA